UACCGAAUAGUAGCGGGAUGAAUACUGUAGGCUACUCUUUGCCUAACCAUUCGAUGAUUCGGGGCGGGGUGUGAGGAGUGGCCGGCCGUCCCAAUUUCUGCAGAACAAGAUUGGGCUUUGGGUUCUAUAAGGGAAUGGGAUUCCUGCCUGCGCGCACCAGAUAGUGCAUCAGCCACAUUGAGAGAGACUAGAGAAACGUUCCAACAUGGAGGGGACACAGGGCCUCCUGGCCAUCUUCACCAUAGCAACAUGUUUUCUGGUUAACGGAGCACAAAAAACAGUCUGCAAGGAAGAGGCCGUGGCCGACAUCGUCUUCCUGGUGGACGGUUCAUGGAGCAUCGGCUCAGAGAAUUUCAAACAGAUUCGCCAGUUCUUGUACACGCUAGUUAACAGCUUUGACGUGGCCCCCGACCAGGUGCGCAUCGGUCUGGUCCAGUACAGCAACACACCGCGCACCGAGUUCCUCCUCAACACCUUCCAGGACAAACAGGACAUCCUGCAGUACAUUACAAACCUGCGUUAUAUGGGUGGUGAAACCAACACUGGUCUGGGCCUGGACUUCCUGCUUAACGAGCUCUUUGUUGACCGCGCAGGGAGCCGGGUGAAUGAGAACGUGCCCCAGAUCGGCGUGGUCAUCACUGACGGUGAAUCAAUGGACAAUGUGGGGCUGCAUGCCCUUAAGCUGAAGAAGCAGGGCGUCACGCUGUACGCCAUCGGGAUCAAAGAAGCAGACGAAGAUCAGCUGAAGGAGAUUGCCACUGCACCUCACAACCAGCACGUGUACAGCGUGUCAGACUUUGCUGCGCUGCAGGGGAUCUCCCAGAGCCUCAUCCAGGUGCUAUGUACUACCGUAGAUGAGGCAAAGAGACCAAUAUCCAAAGUGGUACAAGAGUGCCUCAACGCCACAGUGGCUGACAUUGUGUUCCUUGUGGAUGGCUCCACCAGCAUCAGCCCUACAAACUUCCAGGAGGUUCGGAGGUUUCUCCACAGCUUCAUCGAGGGGCUGGAUAUCGGUGCGGACAAGGUUCGCGUAGGACUGGCCCAGUUCAGUAAUGAGAUCCAGAAGCAAUUCCAUUUGGGGGAACAUACGGACCAAAGGGCCCUACUGGAGCAAGUGGACAGGCUUCCACAGCUCGGGGGAGGCACAGCCACCGGCAAAGCCAUUACUGUCCUUCGGGAAGAGUUUUUCACCAAGGCCAACGGUAGCCGCGCUGAUCAGAGGGUGCCUCAGAUUGCUGUGGUGCUCACUGAUGGGGAGUCUGCGGACAACGUAACGCUGCCAGCCAAGGCGCUAAGGCAGCAAGGGGUCAUUGUGUUUGCUAUUGGAGUUGGGGCAGCCAACAUCAAUGAGCUGAAGUAUAUCGCUAACAGGCCCCAUGAGCAUUUCCUGGUCAACAUAGAAAGUUUCCAGGCCCUACAAACACUUUCUCAGGGUCUGCUGCAGACUGUCUGUGUCUCCAUGGAGAACCAGAGGAUGGCUCUAAUCCCAAAAUUCUCUGAUAUCUUCUUCCUGGUGGACAGCAAUAUGAUGCAGGCAGACUUCCAGCUGGUCAGAACCCUUCUGAUGCGACUGGUCAACCAACUCAACCCGAGCACUAAAACGAUGCGCCUGGGUCUGGCCCAGUUUGCCCAGGACACCAAGGUGGAGUUCUUACUGAACACCCACAACACCAAGGGAGAGUACUUGGCAGCUCUUAGGAAAUUCAGGCUGCCGCUGCGUCCCAACAGGUCUCGUCACCUGGGCAAUGCCCUGGAAUAUGCCCAUGCACACUUCUUCACUACAGCGUCUGGUGGCCGUAAUGAACAAGGCUACCGGCAGUUUCUAGUCACGGUGACAGGGGGGGAUUCGAAGGAUAAUGUGAUGAAGGUGGCACGUACUAUCAAAUCUGAAGGGACAACCAUUGUGUCUAUCGGGUUGGGUGAAUCUACACUUCCAGAGCUAAAGUCAAUGGCCACCUCGCCAUUCUUUUACCAGACUACAUCCAUCACCUCUGUGCUAAAGACUGUCUUUGAGACUGAAGAGGUGGUCACUGUGACUGACGAUUGCAGUGAAGCUUCACUGGCUGACAUUGUGUUUAUAGUUGAUGAGUCUUCGAGCAAUAGAACUGCAAACUUCCAGCUGGUUCGUGGAUUCAUCCACAAGAUAGUGGACGGCCUAGAUAUAGACUUCAACAGGGUGAGGGUGGGUAUCGUCCUCUAUAGCAACAAGGCCUCGGCCCAGGUCUACCUCAACUCCUUCCAAGAAAAAACAAAUAUCCUUCAGUUCAUUAAGAUCCUGCCCUACCGUCGCGGUCUCACAUACACUGGCGAGGCCCUGGAGUAUGCCAGGGAGAAGAUGUUUAUCAAGGAGAGGGGCAGUCGGAAAGAACAGGGGGUGCAGCAGGUGGCGAUAGUCAUCACCGGAAAGUCCCAGGACAACGUAACUUCUCAUGCCGCUGCACUGCGCAGAGCUGGCGUCACUGUCUAUGCAGUGGGGAUCAAGGAUGCUGACGAGAACGAGCUGAGACAGAUCGCUUCAGAUCCCCCUAACAAGCACGUGUUGCAUGUGGACAGCUUUGCCAAGCUCAAGACCCUGGAGAAGAGCCUGAAGAAGAGCGUGUGCUACAACAUCCUUAAAAAAGCAGUCAAAGACAAUGCAAGGACGUACACUGCCAAGCAAAGCUGUUUGCAGACAGAUGAAGCAGACAUGUUCUUCCUGAUCGACCACUCAGGGAGUAUUGAAUAUCCAGACUUUGCUGACAUAAAGACAUUUAUUAACAAAUUCAUAAACACAUUCCACAUCGGACCGCAUCAUGUCCGCGUGGGUGUGGUAAAGUUCUCUGAUACACCAGCUCUUGAGUUUGAUUUGACAACCUACCCUGACAAACCUUCAGUGGAGAAAGCAGUGGAUGGUAUCAUCCAACUUGGAGGCGGGACAAAGACCGGAUUAGCGCUGAACUCUAGGUCCCUCUUUGAUCGGGCUAAGGCCACCCGUAGUAACAAAGUUCGCGAGUACCUCAUUGUCAUCACAGACGGAGAGUCUGAAGACAACGUGAAGGAUCAAGCAGCAAAGCUGAGGGCGCAGGGCAUCACCAUAUAUGCCAUUGGGGUGAAGCUAGCUAACGAUACACAGCUGCUGGAGAUUGCUGGCAGCCAAGAGAAGAAGUUCUUUGUCAACAACUUUGACGCUCUGAAACCAAUAAAAAAUGACAUCAUCACAGAUAUCUGCUCCCCUGAUAUUUGCAACGACAUGAAGGGGGAUGUCCUCUUCUUGAUCGACAGCUCAGGUAGCAUCAACAACCCAGACUUCCAGAAGAUGAAGGCCUUCAUGCAAUCCAUCAUCAACAAAUCUGACAUAGGCCUGGAUAAAGUGCACGUGGGCAUCAUACAGUUCAGCACCAGCCAACAGGUGAUCUUCCCUCUCAACAAGCAUAACGAUAAGGAAGGCAUGUUGCAGGAUUUACAAACGAUGCAACAGAUAGGCGGGGGCACACACACCGGCAAAGCCCUGUCCUACACCUCGCAGUUCUUUGACCCACCAAAAGGAGGGCGCACUAACGUGAAGCAGUUCCUGAUUGUCGUAACUGAUGGUGAGGCGCAGGAUGAGGUAAAGUCUCCUGCCAAGAAACUUCAAGACAAGGGUGUGAUCAUCUACGCUAUUGGGGUGGUCAAUGCCAACAAUACACAGUUACUGGAGAUCAGUGGCGCACAGGAGAGGGUCUACUCCGAGAGGGACUUUGAUGCACUCAAGGCUUUGGAUAGCCAACUGGCAUUGGCAAUCUGUGAUCCGGAGAGAGAGUGUGUGAGGACGGAGAUCGCAGACAUUAUUUUCUUGGUGGACGGCUCCACCAGCAUCAGCUCAGAUAAUUUUGACAUAAUGAAAAACUUCAUGAUGUCCGUGGUCAAUGAAACCUCUGUUGGGGAGAAGCAGACACGCUAUGGUCUGAUUGUCUUUUCAGACAACCCCGAGUCUAAAUUCACACUCAACGAAUACAAAUCUAAGCGAGACGUCAAUAGUGCCAUCACAAAGCUUAGAGAGCCCAGUGGAGACACCUACACUGGAAAGGCACUCAAGUAUUCCUUGGGUUAUUUUGGUGCACAGUACGGCGGGCGAAAGGCCCUAAAUGUUCCCCAGUGGUUGAUGGUGAUCACAGAUGGUGAGGCUACUGACCCCUAUAGCCUAGCUGGGCCAGCCAAGGAGCUACGGGACAAUGGGAUCAUAGUCUAUAGCAUCGGAGUGGUUGGAGCAAAUAAGCAAGAGCUUGAGCUCAUGGCAGGGGACACAAAUAAGGUUUUCUUUGUGGAUGACUUCCAUAAACUAGACACACUGCACAAAAAUAUUUCCUUUGAAUUCUGCCAAACCAGCAAACCAGUCUGUGAAAAAACGCAGGGGGAUCUGGUCCUGUUGAUUGACAGCUCAGGGAGCAUCAGCACCACCGACUUCACUAUCAUGAAGAAGUUUGCCACAGACCUUGUUUCCAGCUUCAACAUUGCAGAGCAGUCCUUCCGGGUGGGAGUCGCCCAGUUCAGCAGUGAUCCUAAAAAGGAGUUCUUCUUGAAUGAGUAUUACACAGAAGCAGAGGUGAACAACCAGAUAAACAAUAUGAUGCAGAUUAGGUACACAACGAACAUCGGAAAGGCCCUGGACUACGUCCGUACAGAGUACUUCCAACCAGCUCGAGGGAGCCGUAUCAAUGCCAAGGUCUCUCAGAACCUGGUUGUGAUCACUGACGGACGUUCAGAUGAUGAUGUUGUUGAUGCAGCAGAGAAGCUCAAGGCCAUGAACAUUGAGGUGUUUGCCAUCGGUAUCGGGAAAGACCACAAACCUGUUGAGCUUGGGCAAAUCACUCUCAACCCGGAAAGGGUCUUCUCUGUGCAGGACUUUGCCAGCCUGGACAAGAUCAAGAAGAAGGUGGUGGAUACUAUAUGCUCCUCCAAGGUACCAGAGACUCAAGCGGGCUGCACCAUAGACAUCGCCAUGGGGUUCGAUAUUACACGCAAGGCCACCGCCCAGGGGCUCUUCGAUGGCCAAGCCCAGCUACAGGCCUUCCUGCCACAGAUUAUCCGCUAUGUGUCCAACCUGAAGGGCCUGUGCUGCGUGGCGGGAGAUGGUUCCAUUGAGACUAACAUUGGCUUCCGCGUGGUGGAGCAGGACGGAAAGGUUCUCUACGACUACAACUUCGAGAAGUACGAUGAGAAAAUUGUGGAGAAGGUGAUGGCCCUGCAGACCUCCCAAACAACAUACUUCAACUCCUUCCUCCUGCGCUCCUUCAGUGAUAAGUUCCAGAAAUCUAAUGCUGGCGUGAAGGUGCUGGUGAUCUUCUCAGACGGACUCGAUGAUGACGUGAUGAAACUGGAGCAAGAGUCGGAACUUCUCCGCACUAAAGGAAAAGGUAUCAACGCCCUGCUUACAGUCGCCUUAGAAGGGGUCCAAAAUGCCAACCUUCUUCAGAUGGUGGAGUUUGGGCGAGGAUUUGGCUACAAGCAGCCGCUCAACAUUGGCAUGCACAAUUUAGGAAACACCCUGUUGACACAAAUAGACACAGUGGCUGAGAGGGAGUGCUGCAAUGUGAUGUGUAAGUGCACCGGACAUGAGGGUAUCCGUGGCAACAGAGGACGCCCAGGGACAAAGAGUCAGCCAGGACUGAAAGGACAUCCUGGCUUCCCUGGCGAGGAGGGGGGAAUUGGCGAGAGAGGUCCACCAGGUCCCACUGGCCCACAGGGACUACAGGGCUGUUCUGGGAGGAGAGGCCUCAAGGGCUCAAGAGCCUACAGAGGGGACAGGGGUGAUGAUGGAGACCAUGGCCUUGAUGGGGUUGAUGGUGAACAGGGUCUGAUUGGAACAGUUGGAGCUGCAGGAGAGAGAGGAAACCCAGGAAGACCAGGCAACAGCGGCCUCCUAGGAGAGCCAGGAGUGAAGGGGCAGCGUGGACUUAGAGGUGACCCUGGAGAUUCUGGAGUGGACAGCAUUGUCGCGGGUCCCAAAGGAGGAAGGGGAAAUCCAGGACUACCGGGAGACCCAGGAGAAGAGGGCAGUCGAGCAGAAAGUGGAAUCGUCGGAAACCCAGGUCCUCAAGGAAGAAGAGGUCUCCCUGGUCCAAAUGGAACACCAGGGGAUCCAGGAGUUGUAGGCCUCCAAGGAAUUCCUGGCCCUUCUGGACCACAGGGUAUAAGAGGAGACUUGGGCCAGCCCGGACCCAGGGGCCUGCAGGGUUUACCUGGACCUCAGGGCACACCUGGAACUAUGGGUGGCAAAGGAUCAACAGGAAGACGAGGGAUGAAUGGACAGAAGGGCCAACCUGGGGACAUCGGAGUCAACGGAGCCCUUGGAACACUUGGGCCAAGAGGGAUGCCGGGUCUUGAUGGCAGUGACGGCCAUGGGCCUCCCGGACCCCAGGGAAUGAAGGGAGAGCCUGGUUUCCAUGGUUACCCUGGAUUACAGGGUGAAAGUGGUGAUUUUGGAGUCAAAGGAGGUCCAGGCCCCAAAGGAAACCGAGGCAGAGGGGGGAACUCGGGCAGAUCGGGUGACUCAGGAGAUCCCGGAUCCAUUGGACCACCGGGACACACUGGCUCUAGAGGCAGACCAGGAGAGAGAGCCAUGUCUGAAUGCCAGCUGACCACCUAUAUCCGUGAUAACUGUGCAUGCUCUCAAGGCCAGGCAGCGUGCCCAGCCUACCCCACAGAACUGGUCUUUGCUCUGGAUAUGUCACAGGAUGUGGAGCCUGCCACGUUUGAGAGGAUGCGCUCCGCUCUCCUCUCCAUAUUGGAUGAUGUUGCCAUCGCCGAGAGCAACUGCCCGACGGGUGCACGUGUUGCCGUGGUAUCCUAUAGUGCCAACACCAAGUACCUGAUCCGAUUCCAGGACUACCAACGCAAGCCGGAGUUGUUGGAGGCCAUCCAAAACAUUGCAUUGGAACGAACGUCCAACCAGCGCCAUCUUGGGGAGGCCAUGCGCUUUGUGGGGCGCCAUGUCUUCAAGCGAACCCGUAAAGCGUUGACGAUGAGGAAGGUGGCAGUGUUCUUCACCAACGGGCCCUCUGUGGACAGCGCUGCCAUCGUCACGGCCGCCAUGGAGUUCAAGGCCCUGAACAUCGCUCCUGCUGUCAUCGCCAUGAGGAACUCCCCCGAUGUUCAACGGGCUUUUGAGGCUGAUGACACGGGCAGCUUCAUCCUUGUUCGUCUGGUGGAUAGGUCACAGGACCAAAAUGCUGUGCUGACAAGAAUCAAAAAUUGCGUCAUCUGCUACGACCACUGUAAACCAGCCCAGGGGUGUGAUUUUACUGACGCUCAGCGGCCCCUGGUGGUGGAUAUGGACCUGACCCUGGUGGUGGACGGUUCAAGGGAGAUCCGGGCCGAUCAGUACGCUGGCGUCCAGGAGCUUCUGGGCUCAGUGGUGAAGCAGGUAGCCUGGAGCCCCAAACCCAGCGUGGCUGACGGCCGGGCCAGAGUGGCCCUUCUCCAGACCAGUGGUUCUCUGCUCUCCCAGACUUCCCAGGCCGUCAAGGUAGAGUUUGACCUGCAGAAGUACCACAACCACAUUGGUCUACAGACACACCUGAGGAGCAUGCAGCAGCAGGGAGGAGUGUCGUCUCUGGGGCAGACCCUGGAGUACGCUCUGAGCAAGGUGUUCCUCAAGGCCACCAGGCCCAGGAAGAGUAGAGUGGUGCUGGCUGUGGUGGGGGCCGAGACAGCCCACUGGGACCAGGACAAGCUGGCCUACAUUUCCCAGAAGGCCAAGUGUCAGGGCGUUUCCCUGUUUGUGAUCGCAGUGGGCGACCAUUACAACAGCACACAGGUGGAGGAGUUGGCGAGCACGCCGUCAGAGCAGCACCUGCUCCAUCUGUGGCACGUGAAGGAGUGGGAGAGAGGCUACGCACAGCGCUUCUUCAGAGCCUUCCUCAGGGUCCUCAGCAAGGGAGGGAACAGCUACCCUCCUGCCCAUCUCAAACUCAAGUGUGAGCUGAUGCUGGGACAGGAACACGGACAGGGACAAGGACAGGCCGAGUGGGAUGUGUGGAAAGAGGAAGAGGAGUACACAGAUGAGGAGGAGUUCCUGGGGCACACUGGUGUAUUUCCGACUCAGAUAGCUCUUGACCAGGUUGACACUAUACAUGCCUUCUCCAGGGGAGAUGGAGCCACUUCACCCCCCCGGCCACAGCCAAACUCUAAUGAUCACACAACGCUCCUGAGGACAGAGGAAAGUACAGUUCUUAACCAGGAUGCAUGUUUCUUCAAACAGGACAAGGGAGGUUGUGAGAACUACACUCUGAAGUGGUACUUCGACACGAUACAGAGCGAGUGCUCCCGUUUCUGGUAUGGCGGCUGUGGCGGCAACGGUAACCGCUUCGAGACGCAGGAGGCUUGCGAAGGCCUCUGUCUGAGGAGGAACUCCACAAAUGUAAAACCCUGAUUAGAGUGAAUUGAAGAAGAUCACGCCAGAAACCAGCCAAACAAAUGUCUCAUUCAAGGUGUGAACAUCAAAAACAACACUGUCUGUGUAAAUAACUCUGGCCCUUAUCUUUAGCAUUUAGUUGUUCUCCUUUUGGGUAAAAAUGGAAAUUACUGUAACAGAAGUAUGAAUAUUUCUCUCUUUUAUUCAAGUCUGUUCAAGCAGACCUAAGUAACGGAUCUGACUCUCAUGCAGUCAUGCAACAAACAUGCAUAAGGGCACUGAUGCUUUUGUGAGAAUGACUUUAAAGCAAUGAAAUAACCUGUGUUGUCUCUUGUGGCUAUUUUCCAUCAUCACAGAUCAACAGCUACCAAACCAACUCAAGCACCAUGCAAUGCACUGUUAACUUGGAUGUUAACUGUAGAUGUAAAUUCAGGCUGGAUGUCAUCCGCUCAGUGUUUGUAAAUAGGAUUCGUUGCACUGUGUGUCUGUUUCCUCUAACUUGACCAUUUUGUUUACAUACCCUACAUCUCAUAUGUAUAUACUGUACUCGAUACCAUCUACUGCAUCUUGCCUAUGCCGUUCUGUACCAUCACUCAUUCAUAUAUCUUUAUCUACAUAUUCUUUAUCCCUUUACACUUGUGUGUGUAUAAGGUAGUAGAUUUGGAAUUGUUAGUUAGAUUACUCGUUGUUUUUUUCUGCAUUGUCAGAACUAGAAGCAAAAGCAUUUCGCUACACUCGCAUUAUCAUCUGCUAACCAUGUGUAUGUGACAAAUACAUUUGAUUUGAUGCUAAGUGUUGAAAAUAGAACUCCACAAAUUC